UUCUUCCCCUCCCCCCCCAUCGCCGGCCAAGUUCUCCCAUUUCGGACAGAGUCGCCUUGUUGUUACCGCGGAGAUUUUUCCUACUGCAGCUGCUGCCGCUGUUGCCGCCGCCACUACUGGGCUCAUUUGCCCCGACCCCUUCCUGUCGCCCUACCCCCAGCCCCACACAAGAUGUCAGAGGAUCUAGCAAAGCAGCUGGCAAGCUACAAAGCUCAACUCCAGCAAGUCGAAGCUGCAUUGUCCGGAAACGGAGAAAAUGAAGAUUUGCUAAAAUUAAAGAAAGAUUUACAAGAAGUUAUAGAACUAACCAAAGACCUUCUGUCAACUCAACCUUCUGAAACUCUUGCAAGUUCAGACAGUUUUGCUUCUACCCAGCCCACUCAUUCAUGGAAAGUGGGAGACAAGUGUAUGGCAAUCUGGAGUGAAGAUGGACAGUGUUACGAAGCGGAGAUCGAGGAGAUAGAUGAAGAAAACGGCACCGCUGCCAUCACCUUUGCUGGCUACGGCAAUGCGGAAGUGACCCCGCUGUUGAACCUCAAGCCUGUAGAAGAAGGAAGGAAGGCAAAGGAGGACAGUGGCAAUAAACCCAUGUCAAAAAAAGAAAUGAUUGCCCAGCAGCGUGAAUAUAAAAAGAAGAAAGCUUUGAAAAAAGCACAGAGAAUAAAAGAACUUGAGCAGGAAAGAGAGGACCAGAAGGUUAAAUGGCAACAGUUCAACAACAGAGCCUAUUCUAAAAACAAAAAAGGCCAGGUAAAAAGGAGUAUUUUUGCUUCACCUGAGAGUGUAACCGGAAAAGUUGGAGUAGGAACUUGUGGAAUUGCUGAUAAACCUAUGACACAAUAUCAAGAUACCUCUAAAUACAAUGUCAGGCAUUUGAUGCCUCAAUAAUCAGAAGAACUGUUGGAUUUCAUCUCUGCAGGGCUUUACAUUUACCUUUUUAUCCUUAUAUUUUUCUAAAGGUAAAUUAUUUGUUAGAUGAGUAAGGAAGAUACCAUUGUCGUCCUUGUUUGACUUCAAUAGAAUGAAACUUGAAGAAAUUGCAUUUGAUAACUGCUAUUCAUUAACUUUUCGUUACUACUACCAGUUUCCUCCAAGUUUGUUGAAUAAAGCAACUUUUCUAGAUAGAUGCUGCAUAAAUACAGCACUUAGAUGAAUUGUUGAUUUUCCAAAUAUCAGGCCCUUACUUAAUGGAUGGUGUGUACUUUUUGUAAAGUCCUAACCUGGAAUUUUCAGAUGCUUUGAACUUGCCACACACUGUAGUAAUUCACUGGAACAGCAAGGCAAAAUACCAACCUAAAGAGAUCUUUUUUUUUUCCUUCAACUUGAACCUAGCUGUUGCUAAUGAAGCCUAAAAGUAGGUUAAUUUGAUUAAAAUUUCAAACUUUGUUUUGAGUUUUUUCCUUAAUAAUUUGUUUCCUAAGCUUAUUAGGCUGUCUCUAAAAUUGAUCCAGCUCUUAAAACUUUUUCAUUGAGUUUUAAUUUCAUGUAAGAACCAUGUUUAGGACCAGCUUCCUUUUCUAAGGGCUUUUUGUUGUUUUCUGUUUUUGUUUUUGGUUUCUUUUUCCUCCUUCUUCUUCUUUUUUUUUUUUAAAUGUUUGCGCUUUUCCUGUGUUGAUCUUUCCCUUAUGGUAGUGGUACCAUUUUUUGGAUGUGUAAUGUUUAUAUAAGAAAACAAAAAGCUGAUGUAUAGCCCUGUAUACAGUGUAGAUACUAUUUUUGUAAAAAAAAAACCAAAAAAAACCCACCCAAGGCUAAAUUAAUGAACAAGAGUACUGAAUGUUUCAUCAUUAAAAAUUUAUUGUAUUUCUUGUGCAUUAAUCUCACCAGAAUUUCCCUGUAUAUUAUGUUCAUGUAGAGGAGUUUGUAAUUUUUGUUAACUAGAUCAAGUUGUCAGCAUUUGUUGGUAUAAGUGAACAUCACAGUAUCCUGAGUUGAGUUUAAGCCAAAUAUAUGCAUAGUAAAGUGUCUUCCUAUUAAUGGAAGAUGGUGAUUUUUAGGGUGUGUGUUAAUUUCAGUUUUUGUAUGUUUAACUUUUAUUAAAUAAAGUGUUUUUUAAAAUC